UCUUCUUCUUCUUCACAUUCCAAUCUAACAUUUUAUAUUUCCUUUCUUUCACUGUGUUUCUCUCGAUGGAAUUGCCAGUGAAGGGGCCGGUUUCCGGGAGCCGGAGAGUUCCUUAUGGAAUAGAAACCAAAAAUCUGUCCUACAAAAUAUGCGGUCGCCUUGAUGAAUUGAGUGGAGUGUGUUGUUGUGGAACUCCAAAGAGACCUCCUACAUUCAUUUUGAAGGAAGUAAAUUGUGAAGCAAGGCCCGGGGAAAUCACCGCGAUAGCUGGUCCUAGCGGAGCUGGAAAAACCACUCUGCUAGAGACCCUUGCUGGAAAGAUACCACCGAGGAAAGUGUCAGGUCAGGUAUUGGUGAAUGGUUGGGCUAUGGACGCUAAACGUUUUAUGAGAAUAUCAGGAUAUGUCACUCAAGAUGAUGCUUUGUUUCCCCUACUAACAGUAGAAGAAACACUCAUGUACAGUGCUUUGCUGAGGCUAAAGGAUGGGAAAAAGGAGGCUGCCAUUAGAGUAAAAGAGCUAAUGAAGGAGCUGGGGUUGGAUCAUGUUGCAGGUUCAAGGAUCGGUGGUGGAUCAAAUCGAGGCAUUUCGGGUGGGGAAAGGCGGAGAGUUUCUAUUGGAGUCGAUUUAGUUCAUGACCCGGCUGUUAUUUUGAUUGACGAACCAACAUCUGGAUUGGAUUCAGCCUCAGCCCUUCAUGUGGUCUCAUUGCUUAGAACAAUGGUAAUAAGUCACGGUAAGACAAUUGUUUUAACCAUCCACCAACCUGGUUUUCGAAUCCUUGAGCUGUUUGAUCGCAUUGUUUUGCUUGCAAAUGGAUUUGUCAUGCAUAAUGGAUCACUGAAUCUUCUUGAAGAAAGGCUUAGGUUUUCUGGCCAUUUCCUUCCCCCGCAUGUUAAUGUGCUUGAAUUCGCAAUUGAUGUCAUAGAAAGCUUAGCAAUUCAAACUUCAGACACUCCCAGCAACAGAAAUAUAUUCGAAGAUCAGAAAGAUUUUGAAGAAAACAAGGAUGAAGAUCAUCAAAUGCGUAAGAGUGAAUACUCUAGAAAUGCUAGAUUUGAGGAGGUUCUAAUACUAGGACAGAGAUUUUGCAAUAACAUAUUCAGAACCAAGCAACUCUUUGCCACGAGAGUCAUACAAGCUUUAGUAGCUGGAUUUGUACUCGGGACAAUAUUCCUGAAGGUUGGUAAUGAGCAAGGGCGAGUAGCAUUGCAAGCCAGAAUUGGGUUUUUCGCCUUCAGCCUCACCUUCUUGCUAUCUUCCACAACUGAAGGACUGCCAAUUUUCUUGCAAGAGAAAAGAAUUUUGAUGAAUGAGACUUCAAGAGGAGCAUAUAGAGUAUCUUCUUAUGUGAUCGCAAACACCCUCGUCUUUCUUCCUUUCCUUUUAAUGGUUGGUCUUCUCUACACAAUCCCAGUGUAUUGGCUAGUCGGUUUAAGGAGGGAAAUCAAUGGAUUCCUUUACUUUUCUCUGGUGGUUUGGAUGGUUCUCUUGAUGUCCAAUUCUUUUGUAGCAUGUUUCAGUGCCUUAGUUCCAAACUUCAUCAUGGGCAACUCUGUGAUUUCAGGGUUAAUGGGUUCUUUCUUUCUCUUUUCUGGGUAUUUCAUAUCAAAGGAAAACAUACCUAGUUACUGGAUUUUCAUGCAUUAUUUGAGUUUGUUCAAGUACCCGUUUGAGUGUUUCAUGGUAAAUGAGUAUGGAGGAGAGCAAGGGAGGAGCAGGUGCGUGACAUUUGAGGAAGGACAAUGCAAUUUGAACGCAAACGGGUUUCUAGAACAGCAAGGUCUUAAGGAGUCACAGAAAUGGAGCAAUUUAAUCGUGAUGUUGGGAUUCAUCAUUGGGUAUAGAGUGCUAUCUUUUAUCAUUUUGUGGUGCAGAUGUUACAAAACCAGAAACUAACGAGAUGAACUUUACAAAUCGUUUCAGUAUUUUUUAUUAUUAUUUAUAUUAUCCAAAUAAUGUAUUAUCUUUACAUGUAUUGUACGUUUAUUUUCUUAUAAGCUACUAA